AUGUCUGCUGUGGUGGAUGAGACAGCAGGAGACCUCCCAGUCAGAGAUGUUGGACUGACGAUGAGAGGACUGAUGCCCACUGUCCAAGAUACCCAACAUGAUUUGAAACAACGUAAAAAGCAUCCCGUCCUUAAGGCCAAAGAUCCUCAGCGCCUGUUUCAGUUUCCCAGAGAGCAUCUGGAGGACCUGUCUCUCAGACUGCUGGAGGAAAACAGUCUUCUCAGGCAGCACAUAUGUACUCAGGGGCAGAGGCUACGCAGAAUGUCAACCAGACUGAUGCGUCUUCGUCAGGCAUGUCCUGGGUCCAGCGGUGUGAAGGAGAGGGACAUGGAGGACACCAUACAGGAACUGGAAGCCCAUGUGGCCAUGUUGGAGAGCCAGAAAGGAGUCCUGCAGAACAAACUAAGCAUGGCCAAGCAGCACAUUAUGGACCUUGGAGGAAGGACACCAUACAAGUUCAAUAAAGGUAAAACCAGGGAAGUGAACGGUGAAGCCAGGAGAAUACCCCAGACUGCCCCGCCACGCUACGGCCCCAUGAUGGACGACACAAAAGUAGAAAUGGAGCGGUUCAGGUCCAGCGUGGCGGGGCAGGUGAAGGUAGCAGAGCUGGAGCUGACUGCCCAGGCCCUCAGAGAAUCACUGAGAGAGAAAGAGAAGGAGAUUGAUGAAACUCUCAGAGAUAUGAAGAAGCAGCAGGCAGAGCGACACAGAAUUACCAUCAGAGAGGAUGUUGAUCUGAUCCGUCUACAAAAGCAACUUUCAGACAAGAGUACAGCUCUGAGAGUUACCCAGGAGAGGUUCAACACCCUGCAGGAGGCAUAUGAGAAUCAGCUUGAGGAGAGUCAGAGGUCACUGAAGGAGAGUCAGGAAUCUCUGCUGGAGAAAGUGGAACAACUGACUGAGCAGCUAAAGCAAGAGAGAGAGAGAACACUGGUGUUAGAGGGAGAGCUCACCUCCUCCACUCUGUCUCUACAGACCCUGGACAAGUUACAGGAGAGAAUAUCAGACCUGGAAGGAGAGAGGGAUCUAAUAAAAGAAAACUACAACACUCUACUGGAGAGAAGUUUAGCUGCUCAGAGAAACCAUGAUAGUCAGAUGGGAACUGUUAGAGAAGAUGAGCAGAAGGAGGACACUGAAGGAGAGAAGAUCAGCAGGAUUACCAUCAAGACACUUGAGGAGGUUCUGCAAGCAGAGAGGGAGGAAAGAGACCGGCUUACGCUGGAGAAAGAGACUCUGAGACAAGAGAAUGACAUUCUACAGGAGCAGAGGGAACGAGAGAAAGAGUUUUCUGUGAUGAUCAGAAACAAAAGGCAGCAUCUGGAAGAGGAGGUUCUCCACUACAAAGAGCAGGCUUCUCUCCUGCAGCACAGACUGGACUCUAUCACCAAGGAGUUUGACAUGAGUGUGGAGGAGCUCAGUGAAAUACUUCUGCAGAUAAAGGCAUUUAGGAUGCAUCAGGAGAGCAGGGCAGGGCUGGGUUUUCUCAGUGAGAAGGUGGAGGACUCCCAGCCAGAGGUGACAAACAUCCAGGCUUCUCAUGCUGAGACGGUCCUGGAAUUACAGAAGACCAGGAACCUUCUUCUGCUGGAGCACCACAUCAGUAAAAGCAUACAGGAGGAGCUGAACACGGUUAACCAGAAGAUGGAGAAGGAGAGGGAGGAGAACAGGAGGAGGGUGGCAGAAAAAGACAAACUGUUAUCAGAACAACUGCUUCAGAUUAAUACUUUACAAGCUCAGAUGGGAGAGUUUGCUUUUGGCACCAAGCGGACUGUACCGGUUCAGUACUGCUGGCCAGCUGGAGACCCACAGGUGGUGCAAGACACGUCUUUACCACAGCUGAGGGCUGGCGAGUCUUUGUUGGAGAUCCACCUAAAGGCUGCUACUUUUACCCCACUGGGACUACGUACGAUGGGGAGAAUCCAUCCAGGAGAGAAGGCUGGAGGUGAAGACAUGGUGACCUUCUGCACCUACAGCCUCCUGGACUUUGAGAUGCACUCCACACCUCUGGUUUCAGGCAGCCAACCAAGCUACAGCUUCACAUCUCGCUACGCUCUGACGGCCCAAGAUCUGAGCAGGCUGGAGGGUCCGGGCUCAACGGUCAGAGUGGAGCUUCACCAAGCCUUAGGGGGGGUCCGGUUUCUGACUCAUGGAAGUGGGCAGAUGUCCUUAAAGGGCACCACGAAGAGACGAGGGGGGCAAGUCCAUAAAUGUGUCAGCAUCACAAGUUCUGAGGGGGAAACCAUCGGUGUGGUGGAUUUCAGGGUGAGCCUGUUCACUUCUGAACCCAUCAGUGCUGUGAACGGGAGCAGAGCUGACAGGAAAACACUUCUCCAGAGUCCUGAGCAAAUCUCUCUCGGCUGGAAAAAUGCUGCUUAUAAGGAGUUACAUGACUAUGGCUGUGGGGUUCCUAAUGAACUGGAGGUGACGUUAGAACGGUGUGUUGGUCUUAAUGCUCGUUGGCCCGGACUUCUUCCAAACGCCUACCUGACAUACAGGCUCUAUGACUUGGCACCUCACAUCUCUCAGACAGUUACACACACGUCUGACCCAGUGUUCAAUGACAUCACCAGCUACCCAUUAGCCGUAACAGCAGAUGUGUUGGACUACCUGAGGUCCAGCAGUUUGUGGGUUUAUGUGUUUGAUGACAGUGAAGACCAGGUACCACCGGCCUAUCUUGCCAAGACCCCCAUCCCACUGCGAGUGCUUGCCUCUGGCAAAGACAUCAGAGGUGACUACGUCCUGAGGGACUCAGCUGGUGGGCCCCGGGGUAUAGUCCGGGUUGUGAUAAAGUGGAAGUACCCCAUACAACCCUCUCUGGACACCGUACUGAACGACCAUGAAAGACUUGACGGUGUCCUGGAGAGAAGGAGAGGAAAAGCUGAAAUGUCCCACAGGCCUGUAGCCAAGCCUAGGAUGAAGCCCCAAAGGAAAAGCCCAGAGGAUGAUAUCUAUGAAGGGACUCCAAAUCUGAAGCCAGAAUCAGGACCAUCAAGGAAGUCUUCAGAAAGAACUUCCUCCACAAGAAGCUCUGCCAGCAAAGCUGGACCUCAGGGUCAGUCUAGACCAGUGAUCCUCAGUCCUCCUCACUGCCAGGGUCAGUCUAGACCAGUGAUCCUCAGUCCUCCUCACUGCCAGGGUCAGUCUAGACCAGUGAUCCUCAGUCCUCCUCACUGCCAGGGUCAGUCUAGACCAGUGAUCCUCAGUCCUCCUCACUGCCAGGGUCAGUCUAGACCAGUGAUCCUCAGUCCUCCUCACUGCCAGGGUCGGUUUAGACCAGUGAUCCUCAGUCCUCCUCACUGCCAGGGUCGGUUUAGACCAGUGAUCCUCAGUCCUCCUCACUGCCAGGGUCAGUCUAGACCAGUGAUCCUCAGUCCUCCUCACUGCCAGGGUCAGUCUAGACCAGUGAUCCUCAGUCCUCCUCACUGCCAGGGUCAGUCUAGACCAGUGAUCCUCAGUCCUCCUCACUGCCAGGGUCAGUCUAGACCAGUGAUCCUCAGUCCUCCUCACUGCCAGGGUCAGUCUAGACCAGUGAUCCUCAGUCCUCCUCACUGCCAGGGAGAGAGUGACCUCCCACAGUCGUCUGACACCAGUUCACCCCAAAGUGACGUUAUCAUCUUUCAGCCACAGCCAAAGCUGAGAAAGGGGAACAAUCUGAGAGUUGAGAUUCUGUCGCUGACCUUUGAGCCCUCCUCACAUGUGGCGCUGGAUGAUUCUGUGCAGCGAGUUUAUGUCGAAUAUCGGCUACUGGGAAUUCCAAUGGAGACGACUGAGACACCCAUGUCGCUCCGCAAACCAGUAGAGGGGAAGGAGAUCCACUUUAACUUCACCAGAGUGAUUUAUGUGGACGGCUCACAGUCGGCUCCUCUCAGACACUAUCUCUUCACCAUGCUGGAGGGCACUGACCCCAACCAGGGGAGGUUAAAGUUCACUGUCGUCAGUGAGCCGAUGGAUGAUGACCAGGAGUGUGUGGAUGUCGGACAUGCUUUUCUGAAUUUACAGGAACUGCUCCUAACAGAAAACGACGUCAUCGACCAACAAAUCAACAUUGUGAGUGCGGAUGAAAACAAGGAGGUGAUUGGACAUCUGAGAGUUUCUCUGGAAGCAGCCAAAGCUCUGACUGGAAUUUACAAGGAGUUCUGCCACAAAAGCAAGACCAGAAGAGAGAGCAGCACGGAUGAAGAGGAAAUGAAGCUAAAGAGAGACAGCUAUCAAGAAGAAGAAAACAAAACGCAGACCAUCCAAGUGAUAGACUAUGAUUAUGAUAGUGACUUCUAG